UUGAGGUAGCCUUCUUGAGUAUAUACAUUAGCCUAUGUGCCACUUUAUUCUUAUACUCCACUACAAUUCUCAGUAUGCUACUUUUUACUCCACUGCUACAUUUAUUUGAAAGUUUUAUAUCAAAUUCAGAUUAAUACAAAAUGUGAUCGACUAAUGUAUGUAUAGGUUAAGAUAACACAUUAUUACAUCAGUAGUUUGAUUUCAAUAUUACAUACAUUACUUUGAAGUGUGCCAUUAUGCAUAAGCAAUUUUAUGAGUAGACUUUUGGAAACAGUUCAUUCUUCUUCUUAUCAUUAUUAUUGAAAGGAGGGGGGGAAGUAACAUAACCGAUAUAAAUUAGACCAUGUUGAUUAUCCUAUUAUUAUGGUACACUUGCAUACGCCACUAGAUGGAGUCAAAAUCUAAUCAAAACUACGAAGGGAUGAAGGCUUCCGGAUGUGUUGUACCUCAAACUGUUCCGUCUUUAAAUUUUGGAUGAGAAAAGUGGCACAAGUAAAUAAAGUGCUUAUGUGACUGGGAUACAAACACAGGUAACCAAAUCUCGGAUUGCAGAAAUUAUUAAUUGUUUUAUUUCAAGGUUUACACGUCACUUUUAAAAGGCAAAAUGUGGUUUUCUGGUCCAGUGCAGCUCAAACAACUACUACAAAAGUAAAUAUAUGAGAUCACGCCUCGGCUUGCUGCUCUGGUUGAUAAUUAACUAAACAUUUCUUCAAAUAUGAAAACAGGAAAUCACAGAGGCGAGAACGCGCAAGGCGCCGCCGCCCAUCAGCUAUCAACUCAUGCACUGACAGAAAAAAAAAUCCCCUACGCCAUCUUGUUCUUAGUCCAUAACUCAAACUAAUGAAGAGGACGUCAAUUUUGUUUUUCUCGCCAAUCGAAUAGUCCGUUCUCCACGUCAUGAACAAAUGACAUGUUGUCGCUUCGAUCCACCUAGCUUUUUGUCCUGACAUAAGCGUCUCUAAGAAACGAAAGACCCACUGAUGUUACAUUGCUACCUAAUGGCGCCUAGUCGAAACUGCUCUCCGGUUGCACCCCUCUCCCCUCACAGCUCAAAGCCCGCCCACAAAUGCUAGCUGCAUGAUGUCAUCAGAAAUCAACCAUUUCUCAAAAAUGACUAAUUUUCAUUGCUUUUGAACAUUUAUGAAUCUCACACCAAAUGUGCGUCAUUAUCUCAAUACAAGAGUGACCAGAUUAUCUUCAGACGAUCACGCAAUGGUUAUAGAUUAUCCUUUCCGAAGAGUCGACAAUGACCGUUCAAUCGUUGGAUCCUCCACAGCCGUCUGCGAACAUCCCCUUACAGUGGCUCGAUGGGCCACUUUUUACCUCCGUCCUCCCUCAAGUUUAUUUUAAACAACCUUGCUGCCCGUACAUCAGCCUUUGCAGCGGUCCUGGAUGAGUGCGCAUGCGCGGGGGGAUGCGGUUUAGGGUGGGGGAGGGUCAAUAAAUGGAAAAGGUGAGAAUAUCCUCUCUCAACAUAUGAUGUCAAAGGGAUUUCUACAGACAUUUCUGUCGGAAAAAUGCGAGAAUUGUUUUUUUUUUCCCCAGAGUCAGACUUGUUGAAUAAAUUAAAAGAGCUGUAAACUUCAGCUACUACAGCUGAUGGUUCCCCACAAAAUAAAUUAUAUUUUACAAAAGCUUUAAUUUUGGGUUUUAAAAGAGUCCAAGUAAGCCUAUACACUGUAAAUUUGGUUGAUUCAAAUUUUUAUAACUGAGUAAAGUUUAUUAGACACCAUAAGCCACGACGGCACGCAUGUGUUUGGCUCGGAGUACGGUGUGAAUGAUAUAAAGUGUGACAUAGCCAGUUAGGCUAUGUCAGAGCCCUACUUAAAUUUUCCUGUAAGCUAAGAUCUGUUUUCAUUUUCCACUGUUUAACCUUAUUGGUCAGUGUUUCAUAGGCUACCCCUCACUGACAUCAGUUCAAUGUACACAACUGCUCUUGUGUAAGGGGUUACAUAACCUCUUAGCUGCCUCAUACUGCGCUGGAUAGCGGAUUUAGGUGCUCAUUUUCCGCCAUGCCAGUGGUAAAUAAAGCAUUUUAGUCAAAAUGGCCACAUUUCGGUUUUGUAAACUUGGGUAGGCUUACGUGUCACAAGAGUUUUGGUGUGGCAGUAUUAAUAAACUGGACUGCUCUACUCAGCUAGACUUGUUGGGUAUCCAAUUACCGCUGUAGCCUGGUUGUAUAAGAAUCUAGAAAAAAUGCAUAGAGCCUAUACAUAAAUAAAAAAUGGAUUCAAUGUGAACUGUGUGGUUUGAUGAGGAAGUGUAUCCCCACACUAAACUGAGAUGAUACUCUUUUUACUCUAUGAGGAAGAAGAGGAGACGGGAGGAAACAACAAUAAGGCUAGUUUAAACAAACUCGCUUGUUAAAAACAUUCCCACGGUUGACUAUCACAAGAUAGUCAUGACGAUAGCACGGACUGGUGUAACAAGCAUACCGCGUUAUGUGGGUCCUGAAUUGCACAAGAUACUGCAAUUUAUUUGACAGGUUGUUAUAAUGAAUACAGAAAGAAUUAUCAUGUAUACAUUAUCUUACGUGCUAAUAUAAUUUCUACUACUUGACCACUUGACAAGCAUUCUUCAAAUAGUGCAGCAUAACUUAAGUCCAGAACGUCACCGACAGAAAUAGCAGACUUGAGGAAUCACAAUCAUGAACGCGCCUGUAAGUACGAUCACUGCGCCCCUGUGAAAACGGGAAGGUAGCCCCGCAGUGUGUGGAGGCGGAGCAUGGUUUUAGUGUUGGGAAGGGAGGGGGGCUCGUGGGGGAGGCGGAGUCUGAGCAGUCCUGGCAGGGCCGCCAUUUUUGCAAGGGGAAAAGAGACUGGUUUGAGGGAUCUAAUUUCUAAAAUUCGCCGUUGACUAGGGCACAGUUUUAACGGUUUCAAAUUCAAUUCUAUUCAUAUUUGGGCCCCUGCGUAGAAUAAGGGCAAGGGAUUUUUACAGGAAGGGACUCUUUGAAGAUACGUGUAGAUACAAACAUUUUAAAGCUUUGCUAGCGAUCCGCAGUGUGUGGACAGAAGUAUUGUUUUGGUUGUGGAAGCUGUGUGGAAAGCGACGGGGGUCUUACCCAGGUCCCCUUAUUCGCCAUUCAGAUCCUCCAGAGUGAACAUAAAACGGCCUUGUGAAUGCACUUAGAUGUCUGCAAUGACUGCUGUGGCUGGCAUGCCUCAGUGUUUUGGACUCCCAUUCUCUGGACUCAGUAGGACAAGAACUGAUCAGCAGAGAACGUCAUGAGCAUAGUCAUCCCAGUAGGGGUGGACACAGCAGACACCUCAUACCUGGACAUGGCUGCAGGCUCAGAACCAGAAUCAGUAGAGGCCAGCCCUGUGGUGGUGGAAAAGUCCAGCUACCCACACCAGAUCUACAGCAGCAGUUCUCACCAUUCCCACAGUUACACUGGGCUACCUUACGCUGACCAUAACUAUGGGGCACGGCCCCCACCUACACCCCCGGCCUCCCCUCCCCCCUCCAUGUUGAUCCGGCAAGGAGAGGGGGGUGUGUUUGUGCCAAGGGGCCAGGACGAAGCAUCCAGGGGCACCACACUUAGCACCUCUGAAGAUGGCAGCUACGGGGCUGACAUCACCCGCUGCAUAUGUGGCUUCACCCAUGAUGAUGGCUACAUGAUCUGCUGUGACAAGUGCAGUGCCUGGCAGCAUAUCGACUGCAUGGGCAUUGACAGGCAGAACAUUCCUGAGACCUACCUGUGUGAACGCUGCCAACCUCGACACCUGGAUAGAGAGAGGGCUAUCCUGCUGCAGACCAGGAAACGAGAAUGUUUGUCUGAUGGGGACACCAGUGCCACAGAGAGUGGAGAUGAGGUGCCGCUAGAGCUCUACUCCACCUUCCAACACAUGCCUACCACAAUUACCCUGACUACUGGGCGUCUUCCAAAUAAGCAGGCUGAUAAAAAACGUAAGAAGAGUGGUGAAAAGGAGCCUCCAGCAUCUUCUGCCCGAGCUAAGAAGGCUUUCCGAGAGGGGUCAAGAAAAUCGUCCAGAGUAAAGGGUGCAGCUCCAGAGCAGGAGCCAACGGAGCACCCGUCUCUGUGGGAGAACAAGAUAAAGACGUGGAUGGAGCGUUAUGAGGAGGCCAACAGCAAUCAGUACAGCGAGGACGUCCAGGUCCUAUUGCGUGUUAAAGAGCAAGGCGAUGGCAAGAGCCUGGCAUAUAACACACACCCAGCCUCUUUUAAGCCACCUGUGGAGAGUCAAGUUCAAAAAAACAAGAAGAUCCUCAAGGCGGUGCGAGACUUGGCCCCAGACUCCCUCAUCAUUGAGUACAGGGGAAAGUUCAUGCUUCGACAGCAGUUUGAGGCCAACGGAUACUUCUUCAAAAGGCCAUACCCUUUUGUGUUAUUUUAUUCUAAAUUUGACGGACUGGAGAUGUGUGUGGAUGCUCGCAGCUUUGGCAAUGAAGCACGCUUCAUCCGUCGCUCCUGCACCCCCAAUUCUGAAGUGCGGCACGUCAUUGAAGAUGGCAUGCUGCAUUUAUACAUUUACUCACUGAGGCCGAUCACCAAGGGCACAGAGAUCACCAUAGGCUUUGAUUUUGACUAUGGCAGCUGUAAAUACAAGGUGGACUGUGCUUGUGUGAAAGGGAACCAGGAGUGCCCAGUGCUCAAGCACAACCAAGAGCCCACAGAGAACCUGGGCCCUGGAGGCAGGCGCAGAGGGAGUCGUAAGGACAAGGAGGCAGCCCGGGAUGACCAGGGCCAGAACCAGAACAUGGGUUUGGAUGGUGAGGGGAAGGGCAAGAGUGUAGGUGACGGCAAACAGAGAAAACUUUCUCCUCUUCGUCUCUCCAUCUCAAACAACCAGGAUCCUGAGUUAUAUGAGGAUCUAGAAGACAAAACCUCCGUUAGCAAUGAAGUAGAGAUGGAGUCAGAGGAGCAGAUUGCAGAGAGGAGGAGGAAGAUGACACGAGAAGAGAGGAAGAUGGAGGCCAUCCUACAAGCAUUUGCUCGCAUGGAGAAGAGAGAGAAACGCAGAGAGCAGGCCCUAGAGCGAAUCGGUAGCGUAAAGGCAGAGUGUGGGGGUCGCAGUGACAUCAAGGAGGAGCCUGCCACACCAGAGACAGCAGAUUCCCCAGCUGUUACACAGCCUCUUCUGGAAGUGAAAGAGGAGCCAGGGCUAAAGCCGGCAAAGGUCAAAGGCUCGAGAAACCGGAAAAGUUUCUCAAGAAACCGAACGCAUAUUGGCCAGCAGCGCCGGCGAGCUCGCACCAUCAGCACCUGUUCUGAUUUGGCUCCUGGUUCUCCAGUCGAGUCCGUGGAACCCCUGACCAAUGAUGCCCCUGAAGGAGAAACGCCCACUGCACCAGAACCAGAGGCAGUCUCUGCUCAAGCACCGGACACAAGCCCUCCCCAUAGCAGCUCACCUGCACCUGAUAGAAACCGCACUGGGAGCAAGAGCUUUAAAACAAAAAAGCACUUUGUUAGUGAGUGGGUGGGAGAGAAGCAGCAGGACCGUGGUGCAGUUCAAACCCCAGAGCCAGCCCCAGAGAGACCGCUGAGAAUAAGCAGUGACCCUGAAGUACUUGCCACACAGCUGAACGCCCUACCGGGCAUGGCCUGCUCACCACAGGUCUACAGCACACCAAAACACUACAUCCGUUUCUCAUCCCCAUUCCUAGCAAACCGCAGUCCCACUGCUCCUGGAGUUCCUACAGGACGACGGCGAUCCAGAGAACUGCCUGAAACACCACCAACCACUGGCUCCUGCAAGAAGCGAUGGCUGAAGCAGGCCCUAGAGGAAGAAGGUUCCACCAGCCCAGCCAGACGGCCAAGCCUCCUCAUGCCCAGUGAGGGUCCUCUCAGCCCCUCCAUUAAUGGAGACUCUGACAGCCCUUUACCUUACAAUGGCACUUGCUCAUUGCCAGAGUUACCCACACCUUUGAAAAAGCGCCGGUUGAGUCCGUUAGAUGCCUGUAUGUCCGAGAGCUCAACACCCUAUGGUUCCCCUUGUGCCACACCUACCAGGAUGGACCAGUCGGAGACACCUGCAAUCCCCGUGUUACUGGCUACCCCACCACGUCCCCGAAUAGAGGAGCCCAGUACAGAGCCCUUGCCCAGUACCCCAACACACACACUUAGUGCCACUCAGGAUAAUGAAUCUUCAGGGGAGAGCUCACCAGAGGUCAGCCAGAAACCCAGUGUGCAGGAGGCUGAUCGCCCCCCUUCAUUGGUCUCUUCUCUGUGCGUAAGGGCUCCCAGCUUAGAUGGACUCUCGACAGAAGCCAAGGUUUCAGUUCCAGAGAGUCCUCAGCCUCUAGCUGCAGAGUCUGUGGACUGUGGUGAGGACAGGGUCGAUGGUGGGAUUGUAGAUGGCAGUAGUGAGGCUUCUUUGUCUGCAGAAACAUGUUCUUCCUCUUAUCCUGGCUGGAUAAAAAGCCCCGAGAGAGGCCCAGCUGGACCAGCUAGCCUGAACUUCUCCCCCGUCAACUCAAACUUAAGGGACCUCACCCCCUCACACACCCUGGAGCCUUUGGCAGCUCCCUUCAGGCCCGAACCUGCAGCUGGUGCUGCAGCAGGGCCUACAGCAGGCACGGGGUCAUUGGUUGGCUCUCAGGGCUCCUUCAGUGAAGGCCAGGGGCAGCUCUUCUACCCCUGUUCUGAGGACGGAAGUUCGCUCGGCUUCUCACGCUCACUGAAUGGGGAUGGUACCAGUGAGGGUGGAGGCUUGACACAGAACCCCCCACAGAAGAAAAAGGUUUCCUUGCUAGAAUACAGAAAACGUCAGCGUGAAGCUCGGCGUAGCGGCUCUAAGACUGAGUGCAACUCUCCUGUGUCCCUUGUGCCACCUUUAUCUGUGGACUCCUUCCCCAUCACUGUAGAGGCUACCAGUGAGUCUCCCCUGCCCACUGUUCCCACUGCUCUCUGCAGCAACAGCCCCACCACUGUAAAAGACCCCCAGACAAGUGAGGAGGCAGAGACUGCUGCAGAGAAAGGAGAGAAGGAAGGAGAAGGACGGUGGACCUCGUCAACUUCUGUAGAACAAGCUCGGGAACGGAGCUACCACAGAGCUCUGCUGCUCAGCAAAGAUAAAGAGACAGAUGGCGAAGCAGAGGGUGGCGAUACGCCUGCGCUGCGAGAUUGUCCAUCGCCAAGUCUGCAAAAGACCCUGACCCACGCUCCCUGCUCCCCGGGUCCUCUUACCCAAACUCCCAGUCGGCCAGCAAAGGAGGAAGAGGGAGAUGGUCAACCUCAGACGCCAAAUCCCACCAGCCAGCCACCGAGCAAGCCUGCAGGACCUAAGUCAGCUCCUCUGACCCCAACAAAGCUGCAUCCCACCCCAUUACCGUCCUCUCCGGUCCACUACCCUGGGUCCUCCCUCCUCCACUCUCCUAAGUCUCAGCCUCAGGGCUCGCCCUACCGCAGCCAGAGGGCGCUGUUCUCAGCUCAGCCUCAAAACCAGGCCCAGGCUCAGGCUCAGACUGGCCCUGCUCCUUUCCCUCAGUAUACCUCACAAGGUGCUCCGCCACCUCCUCCCCCUCCUCCACCAGCACCACCGGCCUCCACAUCUUAUUUUCCCAGCCAGAGCCCUUCACCUGCUGGACCUUUCUCUGGGUUUAAACCUGCAGUCACACCCCCUUAUCCCCCUGGUUCUCAGGCCCUGAUACAAACACUUCCCCACAGUGUGCACUAUCAGAGCUCAGCUCCACCGCCGCCACCUCCGCCACCUCCACCACCUCCACACCCGAUGUCCAGCCCCACCAUGUUGCACGUCAACCUUCAGCCUCCUCCCAUCCAGCAGCACCAGCUCAUGCUGACCACCGCUCCUCCUCCACCGCCUCCCUUGCAGGGUCAGCCCUCUCAGCAGCAGCAGCCUCCCACAAAAAACCUCCUCCCCCACCUCCCCCCUCAACCAACACCCCAAUGCAGCCCCACCACUUUCAGAACUUAG